AUGAUUGCGAACACAGCUCACUGCUUGGCCUUGUUCCUCGGCACAGUCGGCUUCCUACCGGCUGGCGCGCAAGCAUGGGGUGCCUUCGGCCACGAAACUGUCGCCUAUGUCGCCACUAACUUUGUGUCGGAUUCAACCAAGACAUACUUCCAGUCACUCCUGGGCGACACGUCUGCGGAUUAUCUCGCGACAGUCUCCACGUGGGCGGACUCCUACCGGACCACGACAGCGGGCAAGUUCUCCGCGCCAUUCCACUAUAUUGAUGCGCAGGACAACCCGCCCAGCUCCUGCGGCGUGGACUAUAACCGCGACUGUGGGAGUGGAGGGUGUGUUGUCAGUGCUAUCAACAACUACACCAGUAUCCUACUCAACACGGGUUUGAGUAAGGCUGAGAGACAGGUGGCAGCUAAGAUGAUCAUCCAUUUCAUCGGUGACAUCGGCCAGCCACUUCACUGCGAGAACCUCGACGUCGGGGGUAACGACAUCGAUGUCACCUACGACGGAGACAGCACGAACCUUCACGCCAUCUGGGACACCCAGAUCCCUGAGGCCGUCGCCGGCAGCUCAUCCCUGAGCGGUGCCAAGACCUGGGCGAGCACGCUCACGACAGCUAUCCAGACGGGCACGUACAAGUCCAGCGCAGCCGGCUGGGUGAGCGGCCUCAGCAUCAAGGACGCGGUCACCACCUCCCUGAAGUGGGCCACCGAGAGCAACGCUGCGGUGUGCAGCACGGUGUUGGCCAAGGGGAUCUCGUACGUUGAGAGCAACGACCUGGGCGGUGCCUACACGACGACGGCUAGCCCCGUGAUCAAGUUGCAAAUUGCGAAGCAGGGUUACAGGCUUGCGAAAUGGCUGGACGCAAUUGUGGCGGCUGUGUGA